UAUAAUUCUUAUAAACGAUAUAAUUCUUGUAAAAAAUCGAAUUAACCAAUUGUUAUUGAUUUUUAAAAUUUUGACACGGAAGUGAAGUUGGAUUCGACAGCACAAGUGUUUUAUAUGAAUUGAAAGUUCACAUAUUUAGUAUGUUUAAAAAUAUUUGUCGUUCACACACAAAUAAUUUGAUAAGAACGAGAAUAUUUGGUAAUGUUCAACAUUUAAUUCGUAGCACCAGCAGUCUAUGUAUAUCUACAUCAACUCCGUUAAUUCAUCAUCAUAGUUACAGUUCGCCAAUUCAGUUAAAUUUAACUCACCUUUGGAGCAAAAACGAUAGAAUACGCAGCAUGUCUAGUGACGAUACAAAAACUGGUGAAUUGCCAUCGACUAGUGCUUUUGAAGUAAAAAGGCAUAUAUUUACAAAUCGCUUAGCUCAAGAAAAAUCUCCUUAUCUCCUGCAACAUGCUCACAAUCCAGUUGAUUGGUAUCCAUGGGGCGAUGAAGCCAUUGAGAAGGCGAAACGUGAGAACAAAUUAAUCUUUUUAUCUGUUGGUUAUUCGACUUGCCACUGGUGCCACGUUAUGGAGCAUGAAUCUUUCGAAAAUGAAGCGGUAGCCGACAUUAUGAAUAAGAACUUUGUUAAUAUAAAAGUGGAUCGUGAAGAGAGGCCAGACAUCGAUCGCAUCUACAUGCAAUUUGUACUAAUGAUGAAUGGCAGUGGAGGAUGGCCUAUGAGUGUUUGGUUAACUCCGGACCUGGCUCCAAUUACUGCGGGGACUUAUUUCCCACCAAAUGAUCGCUGGGGUAUGCCCUCAUUUACCAAUGUUCUGACAACGAUAGCGGAUAAAUGGAACAAAAAUCAAGCCGAAUUGAUAGCUACCGGACUAGAAGUGAUCGAAGUGCUUCAGCGGACUCUAAGUGAAAAGACAUCGGAGGCGACCUUUGAGGAGGGCAGUUCGCAAGCUAAAGUCGCUGAAACUUUGCGCAUUUUUGAACUCCGUUUUGAUGAGGAAUAUGGUGGUUUUGGUUCACACCCGAAAUUUCCUAAAGUGCCGCGUCUUAAUUUUCUUUUCCACGCCUAUAUCGUAAGCAAACAGAAAAUUGCUUUAGAUAUGGCAUUGCAAACGUUGCGUUGCCUGGGAAAAGGUGGCAUUCAUGAUCACAUUUUCGGGGGAUUUGCUCGCUACUCAGUUGAUCGCAAGUGGCAUGUACCGCACUUUGAAAAGAUGAUUUAUGACCAGGGCCAGUUAAUGGCAGUUUAUGCUGAUGCUUACAAAGUGACCCGCGAUAAUUCCUUUCUUGAUUAUGCUGAUGGGAUCUAUAAUUAUACGAAUGCAGACUUACGACAUCCACUCGGUGGCUUUUACGCGGGCGAAGAUGCCGAUUCUUUACCAAGCGCAAAUGCAACGAAAAAAAUUGAAGGUGCUUUCUACGCUUGGACAUUCGAUGAAAUAAAACAAUGCAUAAAUGACAACAAAGAGUUACUCGUAGACUGCGAGAAAGGAGACGUGGAAAAGAUUUUCAAUAUCUACGCCCAUCAUUACGAUCUGCGUGAAAAUGGUAACGUUGAACCUACCAGUGAUCCUCACGGCCAUUUGACGGGCAAAAACAUAUUAUUUGUCGGAGGUUCCAUUGAGAAAACGUGUGAAAAAUUUGCUCUGGAGAAGGACAAUCUUAAACGAUUGCUAACGCUUGUUAAUAAGAUGCUCCUUGAGAAGAGAAAGCAGCGUCCACGGCCACAUCUUGACACAAAAAUCAUUUGUUCUUGGAAUGGCUUAGUCUUGACUGGUUUGUCGAAAUUGGCGGAUUGCGAUAGUGGAAGGCGAAAGGAAUACCUGUCAACAGCUGCACGACUAAAGGAAUUUUUAUACACUCAUCUUUAUGAUAAAGAAACAAAAACUUUACAACGGUCCUGUUAUGGCUUAGGGACAAACGACGAGAGUAUAUUACAGCAUGUAGAAAAGGAACGCAUUGAAGGCUUUCUGGAUGAUUAUGCGUUUCUAAUCAGAGGCUUGUUGGAUUUUUACAAAACCAGCUUAGAUGGAACGGCUCUAAAAUGGGCCAAAGAGUUGCAAGAAACACAAGAUUCACUGUUUUGGGAUAAUGAUAAUGGAGCGUAUUUUUACUCUCAAGCCAAUUCACCGAAUGUAGUAGUGCGCUUGAAAGAUGAUCAUGACGGUGCCGAACCAAGCGGCAAUAGUAUGGCAGCCUAUAAUCUUCUUUUACUGGCUCAAUAUUAUAAUGACGAGAACUAUAGCAAACGUGUCGUACGUAUGUUUGAAUUUUUUGCCGAUCAAAAACCAUUCGGUUAUGUUUUACCGGAAAUGCUAUCAUCUAUGAUGCUUCAAGAUAACGGCUUAGAUUUAGUCGCUGUAGGUCCUAAAAUGGAGUUAACACAAAAGUUCGCAGAGAUAUCACGUAAAUACUAUAUACCUGGCAUGGUCUUAGCUGAGAUUGAUCCACAGGAACCAGAAAUGCAAGUUUACAACCAAUGUAUUUUAGAUAAAUACAAAAUGAUUGAUGCACACCCAACUGCAUAUUUAUGCCAUGGGGGAGUAUGUCGCAUGCCCAUUACAGAUCCAGCUAAGUUGGAGGAUGAACUCUCACAGAUUUUUCUUAGAAUACCCAAUAAUCAGUCACUUUAAACACCUAGGGUUUAU